UUUAUGGCGUUACUCAUGUUAAAAAUAAACUUGAAUCUUCUUAUGUGUGUAAAAUCAAUCGUGAAAAAUUUAAUAUUAUAAAUUUUUGUUUUAAAAGUUCAUAGUUCAAGUGAAGUAUUCUAUAGAAUUUUAUAAAUUUUACGCUUCAAUUUAAUUUCAAAAGAGUUUAUAUAAAAAUCACAAAUAUGAAUAAAUACGACCUUUUUUUAGAACAUUUAUAACUAAGAGCGAAUGAAGUGUAGAAGGAUCCAUUAGAAAUUAAGUGGAUUAUUAUUUCUCAUAAUAGUCUUCAUCAAAACAAACAAAUUAAAAAAAGAAAAAACAAUUCAAGUCAAAUAACUCUGUGGUGUGAAUUAUUUUUAGCAAAUGAACUUGUAGCAAAAUAUACUCUUUUAUAAUAAACAAAUAACGACGCGUUUUACUUACAUACUUAAAUACCUAUACCAAAUAUUCGAAAAAGAGAAUUUUCAAUUGAUUAUUCCCAAACAAGAAUAGGUACAUAAAUAUAUUGAAAAGAAAAUAUCACUACAGUGUGAUGUACGAUAUUCUACAAAUUGGAAAAACAAGUGAAAUUAAAGCCACUGCGAAAAAAAGAAUUAUAGUGCAUCCAUCUACGAUGUUCAGAAACUUUUGCGGACCCAACAGAAUAAAUAGUUACUGCAGACAAAGUAUCCCUGCAAUAAUUUCAGCUGCUGUCCUCACGACGAGACAAACCAGAAGUUUAGUUUGAAUUUUGUUUCUCCAUUUGUUUUGUGCCGAUUAAAAUCGAGGAAAGUUUAGAUUUAUUUUGAAGAUAAAAAGUAAAAUUCUACUAAUUCUACUUUCGUGCAUCACAAAAAGUUUCAAGUAAAUACUAAAUAUACCUAAUUUACGAUCAAAAACGUUUUCCCCAAAAGAAUAUUGUUCGUAAGAGAUUCUAUUCAUAUCAAGGGAGGACUUUUGUCUUUGUUUGUUGUUUUAAGUGCGAGAAAUCAAAUAAUCGUAUUUGAUCGUGUUUGUCUUUCUAUAGAAUAAUUGAAAGGAAACAAGUAAAUAUGAAAUUACUUGAGAGCUCACGGUUUGAGGCAAUCAAUAAUGCCCUAUCAAUACAAACUGGGGACAGUACUAUUUUUGGACGCAUAGAGAGCUACUCUUGCAAAAUGGUGGCAGCGGAUAAGACUUUGUAUAAGCGGUUCACUUCCGAAAUUCAUGGAAUCGGUCCGCAUGAUUUGCAAGCUUUGUCGCCGCCUCAGACUAUAGCAGACUUAUCGCCGAAUUUCAAUAGGAAUAGCAGCCAGUCAGGAGAUGAAGGCAUAAUUUUGUGUGACACCAUCUCAAGGAAGACUCUGUUUCAUUUAAUUGCAACUUUAAAUGCUGCUUUUGAGCCUGAUUACGAUUUUACUGACGCAAAGUCACAUGAAUUCAGCAAAGAACCAUCUGUUCACUGGGUCAUGAAUUCAGUGCAUUCAAAUUUGUCUGCACUUGCUGGAGAUCAAUAUCAAUUGCUCCGUCAGUCGUUAUGGUCGGCUAUUGAUGACGAGAUCAAUAUAGCAGAAUGUGACAUUUACAGCUAUAACCCGGAUUUAAGCUCUGAUCCAUUUGGAGAACCUGGCUGCUUGUGGUCCUUUAAUUACUUCUUUUAUAAUAAGAAACUAAAGAGGAUAGUAUUCUUCACAUGCCGCGCUGUUAAUUCAUUGCACAGCGCAGAUACUUCUGACUUUUCCAUGGAAGAAGAUGGAUAUUAGUAAUAUCAUUGCCGAAAAUAUAAAAGGAAAAUAACUUACUGGGACUUUCGUUUCAGUUAGAAUCAAUAUCAUAAUAAAUUUUUUAUUUCAACAAGUU